AUCUUGCGGUUUCAGGUCGGCAUUCUAGUAUAGAGAGGACCACUUUUGGAAAAAAAUAUAUUUCUGAAAUUCUGUCGAUUGUUCUGUAAGGACUGAAAAAUCUUCGCAACCUCCCGGAAGACAGACGCUUCGUUCUACAGAGGACGAAACGUUAACAGAUAUUUCAGAUAACAGAUCUGUUCAGAUUUGUGCAUAGUUGUCAUUGGCCGAGUAAACAGUAGUCCACUGCUGCUUUUCCUGACACAAAGUAACCAUGGGUCCGUUGCUGUAUCUUGGUGGACUUCUUGUUUUGUUUCUUUUGUGGAUAAAAGUCAAAGGGUUAGAUUACGUUAUAAUUCACCAGCGAUGGAUCUUCGUUUGUCUGUUUCUCCUCCCCCUGUCCGUCGUUUUCGAUGUGUACUAUUACCUGCGUGCGUGGAUCAUCUUCAAAAUGUGUUCUGCGCCGAAGCAGCAUGACCAGCGAGUCAAAGACAUUCAGAGACAGGUCCGUGAGUGGAGGAAACAGGGAGGUAAAACAUACAUGUGCACGGGGCGUCCUGGUUGGCUGACGGUGUCUCUGCGUGUGGGAAAAUACAAGAAGACACACAAGAACAUCAUGAUUAAUCUGAUGGACAUCUUGGAAGUCGACACCCAGAGACAGGUGGUGCGUGUGGAACCCCUCGCCAAUAUGGGUCAGCUGACAGCUCUCUUGAAUUCGAUUGGCUGGACGCUGCCUGUGCUGCCUGAGCUUGAUGACCUCACAGUAGGUGGACUGGUUAUGGGCACUGGAAUCGAGUCUUCCUCCCACAUCUAUGGUCUGUUCCAGCAUAUCUGUGUGGCCUAUGAACUGGUGUUGGCUGACGGAAGUCUGGUCCGCUGUACUGAGAAAGAGAACGCAGACCUGUUCUACGCGGUUCCGUGGUCCUGCGGAACCCUGGGGUUCUUAGUGGCCGCAGAGAUCCGGAUCAUUCCGGCCCGGGCCUGGGUGAAGCUGCGCUAUGAGCCGGUUCGCGGUCUGGAGGCCAUCUGUAAGAAGUUUGCGGACGAAUCGGCCAAUAAGGAGAACCAGUUUGUGGAGGGGCUGCAGUACUCGCUGGACGAGGCCGUGAUCAUGACCGGAACCAUGACGGACUAUGCCGAGCCAGACAAGAUUAACCGCAUCGGUCACUACUACAAGCCCUGGUUCUUUAAACACGUGGAGAGUUUUCUGAAGGAGGAUCGUGUGGCAGUGGAAUACAUUCCCCUAAGACAUUAUUACCACAGACACACACGCAGUAUCUUCUGGGAGCUCCAGGACAUUAUUCCGUUUGGGAAUAACGCAGUGUUCCGAUAUCUGUUUGGUUGGAUGGUUCCUCCGAAGAUUUCCUUGUUGAAGCUGACACAGGGGGAGACUAUACGCAAACUCUACGAGCAACACCAUGUGGUCCAGGACAUGCUGGUGCCAAUGAAAAACAUCCAGAGAGCCAUCUCAUGUUUCCAUGACGACAUCAAAGUGUACCCCCUGUGGCUCUGCCCGUUCAUCCUGCCCAGUCAGCCCGGGAUGGUUCACCCGAAAGGCGAUGAGGACGAGCUGUACGUGGACAUCGGUGCUUACGGUGAACCCCACGUCAAACACUUUGAGGCGCGCGCCUCCACUCGCCAGCUGGAGAAGUUUGUCAGAGACGUCCACGGAUUCCAAAUGCUUUAUGCUGACGUGUACAUGGAGAGAGAGGAAUUCUGGGAGAUGUUUGACGGUACACUGUACCAUAAGCUGAGGAAGGAGCUGAACUGUGAGGACGCGUUUCCUGAGGUUUAUGACAAAAUAUGUAAAGCUGCACGUCACUAAAUCUCGCCCUGAAGGGAAACACACACAGACAACAACAAAGUGACCUUACAAACAUAGCCCUCGCCCUCAGCAAAUGUCCUUUUUGGGUCUUUUUCUCUGUUCUUGGUUGUCAGUUUAAGAAAAAAAAAACAUUUUGAAAACUACUUCUAAACGUUUGGCAAGCAAAUAAACUUUUGGUACAAAAUUUUCUUUAUAAUUAUUAAAAACUAUAUAAAUCAUGGCCUCACCUGCUGGUUGGCCACAUUAUGACUAGAGUGUGAACAGCUAUUUUUGUGAAAGUGUUCUUUUAAUGUGGAAUAUUUUUGUGGGAUAGUUGUUUUGUGGAAAAUUAACUAGUUUUUCAACAUGUGUCAUAUUCUAUGAGUGUGUCUGACUAGUGAGGAAAACAGUAAUUUAUUUUUGGUACAUGUAAGGAGGGUAAAUUCUACUGCAUCAUAUUAAACCAUUCAGUGAUUUGACAAUGCAUUUUGUGAAUGUACUAAAGGUUCAGCUGUUUUCUAAGAGACUAGCUAAUAUUUAAUGCUAAUUUUGAUUUCAGUAUCGCCAGAAAAAAAUGAUAUUUUUCACCUGGAGAGUUUUUUCAACACUCGCCACACUCUGGCCUUUAACAGUAAGAUUCAUCUCUGUUAUCACCGUAAACAUAUCAGUGAGAUAAGUUUAAUGAUGAAAUGCACAGAUGUGGUUCGAUAUCAUGGACUCUAACUCUCUGUGUCAUCAGAGCACAAACAGUUCCUGCUCUUAUUCUCUCUUGUUGUGUGGAGAAGAUUUGAGAGAAAUUUUAAACUCAAACACGCAUAUCUCCGCUCAGACUGCAUCAUCCAAACCCAUGCAGACACUCUGUGAUGUCCCCCUCUGUGAUGUCCCACACUGUGAUGUCCCACACAGUGAUCUGUUUCCCUCUGUGAUCUGUCAAACUCUGUGAUCUGUCCCACUCUGUGAUGUCCCACACUGUGAUCUGUUUCCCUCUGUGAUCUGUCCCCCUCUGUGAUCUGUCCCCCUCUGUGAUGUCCCACACUGUGAUCUGUUUCCCUCUGUGAUCUGUCCCCCUCUGUGAUCUGUCAAACUCUGUGAUCUGUCCCCCUCUCUGAUGUCCCACACUGUGAUCUGUUUCCCUCUGUGAUCUGUCAAACUCUGUGAUCUGUCCCACUCUGUGAUGUCCCACACUGUGAUCUGUCCCCCUCUGUGAUCUGUCCCCCUCUGUGAUCUGUCCCCCUCUGUGAUCUGUCAAACACUGUGAUCUGUCAAACACUGUGAUCUGUCAAACUCUGUGAUCUGUCAAACACUGUGAUCUGUUUCCCUCUGUGAUCUGAUCCCAUGUUUGCCUCCACGUUCUGUUCUCCACGGUGCAUCCGAGCUGUCGGCAGAGAGAAACCGGAAUCUCCAGCAGAAGCGUCUCUGUCUGAAGUUCUUCUGUGAGUCAGUAAACGCUGGGCAUUUACAGUGUCCAUAGGGCCACUGUCCCUCGCAAUGUGUCCCUUGUGUUUUCAGGGGUUUGUUUAUACAAACUGGACAAGAAGUAUGUUUGUAUCUGGACACCAGCAGCUUGUUAAACUAUUACAAACUCCUUAUUGGUUUGAAAAGGCUGUAUCCUGUGUGGAGGGCAGACAUGCAAAUAGUUUUUGCCUACGCAAAUUCUGUUCCUUAAUGUAACCGGAAAGUAAUAAAAAUUAAGUCCACACCUUGAA